UAUAAAAUCCCUCUUCACCAUAACAAUGGGGUUUUAGGGUUUUUUGUGUGCAUACUUAACACACACUCUGAUUCUUUCUCUCGCAAAAAAGUAAGUAAGAAACCAUGACUGCCCAAACUCAAGAAGAGCUCCUUGCUGCCCAGCUCGAAAUUCAGAAGAUUCUCGAAGCUGAUAAGCCCGAGGUUGAGGAUGAAGAGGAUGACGAGGAGGAUGACGAUGAAGAUGAUGACAAGGAUGAAGACGAAGCUGAAGGACAACAAGAUGGAGAUGCAAGUGGUAGAUCAAAACAAAGCAGAAGUGAAAAGAAGAGUCGUAAAGCUAUGUUGAAGCUUGGAAUGAAAACUAUCCCUGGUGUUAGUCGGGUUACAGUAAAAAAGAGCAAGAAUAUCUUGUUUGUUAUCUCCAAACCUGAUGUUUUCAAGAGCCCAACAUCUGACACAUAUGUGAUCUUUGGGGAGGCGAAGAUCGAGGACUUGAGCUCCCAACUACAAACUCAGGCAGCAGAGCAGUUCAAGGCACCUGAUCUCAGUCAUGUGAUUUCAAAACCUGAGACUUCAGCCGUGGCUCAGGAUGACGAAGAGGUAGAUGAAACUGGCGUGGAGCCAAAGGAUAUUGAAUUAGUGAUGACCCAGGCGGGAGUCUCCAGAUCAAAGGCUGUCAAAGCUCUGAAGGCUGCAGAUGGAGACAUCGUUUCUGCAAUCAUGGAUCUGACCACUUGAUAAGUGCCUUAUCUAAAAUGUCGUCAUAGAGACAAUCUAAAACGUCAUGUGAUAGAGACAGCUAUUGUGGCUUUCCCGGCUGUGGGUUUUCAAGUCAAGUAUCUUUUUCAAAUUUUGUUAUCUUGUGAUUUCCAUGGUGUUUUCAGUUGUAUUUUAUCAGUAAACAAGUCUGGAAUGCAACUUUUAGUGAAGAGCUUUCAUUUUUCA